AACGCAUUGACCGACCAGGAAAAGAUAGCAUACAUUGAAGCCGAAAAAUGCUUACAGGCAAGACCAGCACAGGCUGGCACGGAGGGUGCUGAAAAUAGAUGGGACGAACUUCACUGGUCCCACAUCUCGCAGACCAGCUACAUUCACGGUGUGGGUGGCUUUCUUCCCUGGCACAGAUACUUCGUAAGAGUCCACGAAUAUCUUCUACAGUCAGAGUGUGGCUACGAGGGCGGGCAGCCCUACUGGAACGAAACAGCCGACGCCAGUGACCUGCUUUCCUCCGUCGUCCUUGAUCCAGAUACCGGCUUCGGAGGUGGCGGUAAUUGCAUUACUGAUGGCCCGUUUGUGGACGUAAGGCUGCGCCUCAACGCCAACGGGGCAACUGACCCCUAUUGUAUCUAUCGCUCGCUGAGUGCCCGCGACUUUUCAUCUGCAGUCCAAGGGAAUGUAGAUGCAUGCAUGGAAACUACUUCAUACGAAGAUGCCCGUAAUUGCUUUGAAGGUUCCCCUCAUAACGCAGGUCAUGGCGGGGUUGGUGGCUUGAUGGUCAACGUGGCAUUGAGCCCAGGGGAUCCUAUUUUCUUCCUUCACCAUGCAUACAUUGAUAAGAUCUGGUGGGAGUGGCAAGAAUUAGACCUAGAAGCUCGGCUUACUGACAUGAGCGGAACAAACCAGCCCAGAAGUGGUGGUGGCCCAGGAGGUGGCGGCCCCCCUGGUCUGAAACUCCGUGCAGAGACGUUUGAUUAUGGCGAUCCAGGAAACGAAACCACUCUUAGUCACAUAUUGGGCAUGGUUAAUGUAGUUCCUGAUGCGAUUAUUGCCGAGGUGAUGGAUCUCCGGGGAGACCUGAUUUGCGCGGAAUACUUGGAUUAA